UUGCUACAAAUUUCCAUUUAAAGAAAUUAAAAAAGAAAGAUUUCAUUAGAGACACACCAGCAGAAUAGUGAUGUUCAAAAUGCAUAAAAUAAUUGAAAAUGGGUAACACUACAAAUAUGUUGUGAAAAUUAAAUUAAGUAAAAUAAAACGAAUGAAACUUUUGAACUAGAACGAGAGUUUAAUUAACUUUUUGUGAAACAAUUUUGAGACAUAAAAUUAAACAGAAAAUAGUGAGAAAAUGUUGUUAAUAACAAUUUGUGUAAUUAAAUUUAUUCUUUGUGCAUCUACGACAAAAGCACUUGUGGAGCAUAAAGGAUUUUAUUCAAACAAAUUAAGCGAUGCGCAUCUCACAGUUCCAAGAAAAGUAAAUAGCUUUGGUGAUCAUUUAUCACACGAUUUGAGGCAUCAUCAUGAACACAAUCAUUAUAACGACAGCACAGGGGAGCCUGAUGACCAUGCUGUGCAUUAUCAUAUUGAUAUUCAUAAUGAAACUUUACAUUUAGAAUUAGAACCUUCGACAAGAUUUGUCGCGCCACUUAUGGUCGUCGAGCGUCAUAAGAGAGACUUAAGAACACAACAUAAACGUCCACAAAGACAAACACAGUGCCAUUAUCAAGGAAAAGUUCGUGGUCAUGAAAAUUCACAUGUUGCCAUAUCAGCCUGUAACGGAUUGAGUGGCUUUAUUCGCACCAAUAAAAAUGAAUAUCUCAUCGAGCCAUCAAAGAAUCAUAAAAUCAGUGAGAAUGGACAUCCACAUGUCAUAUUUCAUCGUUCGGCAGUAAAAAACCACAAUAAUAAUGAAGUUGAGAAGAAAGGUGCACAAAAGAAGCGUCGAAAGAGAAAGAAGCGCCAUCAUUCCAGUAAUUGUGGAACUAGAGAGCCAAGACGAUCGACUGAGACAAAGAUUGAGUGGCAACCGCAAGGAAAGGUUAUCGUUCAAGGUGGUCGAAAAGUUAGAAAUCAUCACAACCAGCAUCAACAGCGGAAUAAAAAUCACCAAAAAAAUUCCAAGAAACGACACACUCGUUCUGUCGUAACACCGCGUCAUGUUGAGGCGUUAGUCGUUGCUGACCAAACGAUGGUGCAAUUCCAUGAAGGUAGCGAUGUCGAUGUUGAGGCAUACUUACUCACAAUUAUGAAUAUGGUGUCAGCUUUAUACAAAGAUCCCACAAUUGGUAAUUCAAUUCAAGUUGUAGUUGUCAAGAUUAUAUUACUCGAUGAAGAAGAAUCAUAUCAAGAUUUAAAUGUAACCCAUGUCGCGCAAACGACUUUGGAUAGCUUCUGCAGAUGGCAACGAACAUUGAAUCCAAAGCAGGAUGAAGAUCCUCAUCAUCACGAUGUUGCUAUUUUGGUAACGAGAAAAGAUCUUUGUGCUGCGUCUGGGUGCUCAACUCUCGGCGUUGCAAAUGUCGCUGGAAUGUGUCGUGCUGAUAGAUCAUGUUCAGUAAAUGAAGAUAAUGGAAUUACAUUGGCGCACACAAUAACACAUGAGUUGGGACAUAACUUUGGAAUGUACCACGAUACAUUGAAGACAGGAUGCGAUAAACGAAGUGGUUCAAUAUUGCAUAUUAUGACCCCAAGUUUUGAGAUAGAUACAGUUCAAGUUUCAUGGUCGAACUGUAGUCGUCGUGAUAUAACACACUUUUUAGAUCAAGGAUUAGGAAAAUGUCUUGAAGAUGCACCGACGGAGACAGAAUAUACUUAUCCUGACUUACCACCAGGUGCGAUGUACAAUGCAGAUCUUCAAUGUAGAUUACAAUUUAAUACAACAGAUGAAGACAUUAAAAUGUGCUCACAAUUAGAUGAAAUAUGUUCGCAACUGUGGUGUAUGAUAAAUGGAACUUGUACGACUUUAUUAAGACCGGCAGCACCUGGAACGAGAUGUGGAAAACAUAAGUGGUGCCAAGAUCAAAAAUGUGUAGACAUCGAAGAUCUUCCAGCUCCAGUUGAAGGUGGAUGGGGAAAUUGGUCGGAAUGGGGUCCAUGUUCAAGAGCGUGUGGUGCUGGAAUUUCAAUUCAAACAAGAUCAUGCGACCAUCCAGCACCAGCAUUUGGAGGUGAAUUUUGUAUUGGCGAAAGAGCUCGUUACAAGACAUGCAAUAUUGGUAAAUGUCCAGAUGAUGAACCAAGCUUCCGAGCACAGCAAUGUUCAAAGAAAAACAGCGUUCCAAUUAAAGACAGAUACUUUACGUGGCUACCUUAUUUAGACAUUCACGAGCCAUGUAAGUUGUACUGCACUGACAAAGAUGAUACAUUUAUUCAAGCGUUCGAUAAUGUUGAAGACGGGACGUCAUGUAAAAUUGGAACUAAAGAUAUGUGUAUCUCUGGAAUCUGCAAGCGUGUCGGUUGCGAUUGGGUUGUUGACUCAAAUACGACAGAAGACCAGUGUGGCAUGUGUGGUGGAACUGGAGGUACAUGCACGACUGUCAAGGGUGAAUUCAUUGAGAAAAUCAAUGUGUCUGAUGGAUACUAUGAAAUUCAUCUUGUUCCAUCCGGUUCACGUCAUAUUACAGUUGAAGAAAUGGGACCGUCUAAGAAUUUUAUUGCAAUUGGCAAAGCAGACUCAAAAGAAUUCUACUUGAAUGGUGAUCGAUUGAUUGAGUUACCUGGAGAGUACAAUAUUGCUGGCGCUGUGGGAUUGUAUGAGAGAGAAGCGGAACUUGAGAAAAUGAUAAUUCCCGGUCCAAUAAAGCAAGACAUUGCAAUAUAUAUUAUAUUCAAGGGAAAACAAAAGAAUCUUGGCAUCAAAUACGAAUAUACAUUACCAUCAAACUCAACAGAUGAAAACAUUUUCUACUGGAAACUUUCCGACUUUACACCCUGCUCGAAGACAUGUGGCGGUGGCAUUCAAUAUCGUCAUGCUGUUUGCUACAAAAGGUAUGAAGGCAUUGUGGAGGACAAACAUUGUUGGUCUAAUGCGGAAAAUAAAAAACCGGAAGCUGUAAGUCGUACGUGCAAUGAUGAAUCAUGUCCUGCUGACUGGUGGAUUGGACCAUGGCAACCGUGCUCUGUGACAUGUCAGAGAAUUGGCGACAAACAUAAGCCAAUGAAGAGACGUACAAUUCUAUGUAUUGACCAUAAUGAAAUGGCUUUACCUGCGGAUCAAUGUGAUGAGAAUACACGUCCGCAUGAGGUUGAGCAAUGCAGUGUCGUUCUACCCGAAUGUCAUAUCGACGAUAAUAUUCAGAAUGAUUUAUCAUUCAAUCAUGAUUAUGAUGAUAAAUUUAGUGAUAAUGAAAUUCCUUAUGGUUUUUAGACUUAUUUUCUAAAACAAAAAAUAUGUAUGUGAAUGGAACUAACAAGACAAGAUACUUUUUCAUAAAUUAUGAUUGAAUUUAAAGUAUAUAUUUUAUUCUUUUGUGAG